GUGUGGCAGAUGGAGGGGGUGACGUGCCCUGUGGAGAGGACUGAAAUGUCCUUCAUAUAAACCGGUGACAAAGUGGCGAGCAGUGGCCCCGGGGACAGCAGAGAUCAGGCAGCAGCAGAGACACCGAGACCGCGGAGGAGAAGGUGAUAGGACCGGAGACCGGAGACAGGAGACCCGAAAACAGAGACCGGAGCGCCGCGCACAGACACAUCCACGCAGGGACGCCGGGGACGCGCACUAACGCAGACGAAAGUAUCACAGUCGGAGCAACACUGACAGAGAUGGGUGUCUCAUCUCUACCCAUUUGCAUAUGCCUGCUGGCCGCGCUGAUUGGCGGCACCAGCUCGGAGGGGGUGUGUCUUCAGGAUGGCAAACAUAAGGCCACGCCCAGUCCGGAACCACACCUGACGGAGUGUGGGCUGUAUGCUGACAAUAGCUGCUGCGCUGUCGACGACAUCCAGGACAUCGCUCACAUUCCCUCUGUCAGUAACAAGAAUGAACCCUGGGAUAAGUGUGGGCCUCUGAGCCCUGAGUGUGAAGGCUUUCUGAAGCGUGUGUCAUGUUUUUACCGCUGCUCGCCUGACGCUUCUCGCUGGCCUCAUCCUCAUCGCCGCUCGUACAUCCAGGCGGUGCCGCUCUGCCACAGCUUCUGCCGUGAUUGGUUUGAUGCCUGCCGGGUGGACAUGACCUGUGCUCGUAACUGGGCCAAAGACCCCAGAGGACAGAACUGCACUGGAACCUGCGUUCAGUACCAGCAGAUGUACCAGCACGGCAGGGAUCUGUGUGAGAGCCUGUGGGGCGAUGCCUUCAUGACCGUGGAGGACGACCCUCAGGAGGUGGGGGAGGCCGGGGAGAUCGGGGGGGAGGGCCGGCCCUGCGGGUGCCUGACCCUCAGUCCCUCGGACAAGGACGUGAUCGCCGCCCUGAGGGCCCAGCAGGACGACCCGGAGGAGCUGGACACCACCAAGACCGGCUUGCCUCAGUACAGGGCCCCCUGCAAGACCAAGCUGCCCGUGCAGCCCAAGGGCGGCAGGAAGGGAAACUCAGUGCUGCGCAAGCGCUCCGUGGAGGUGGAGGAUGUGGAGGGUAGUGGCAGUGGUUUGUAGAAGACGAUACACAACUAUGUAUUUAGAGAAACUUGUCUAGUUCCUAUUACACAAGAUCCAUCCCUCACGAAGGAGUCAGAACAUCUCUCCUCCUACCAAACGUACCAUACAUAGGAUCUCAUUAUCGCCAGCAUAUCGCAAAUACCAUCUCAGUUUUGAAUGAUACUAACUGUUAAACAGACUGACAGGAUUGUAAGAUUUUCAUUUAAAAAAAAAAGAAAAAAAAGAGCAGUUAUGUGAUUUAACAGUCAGGAAACAAAGGUAUUGUGACAUCAUUUUUAACAUGCAGUUAGCAGUUAAUAGUGUUGUUGUUUAACACUAUUAAAAGUCUUGGCAAACAUCCCUCAAAUGUGUCUAAAAGGGUGUAACAAGAAAAACUUCACUCCAGUACUCCAUUCCUGGCUUUUUAUGACGGUGUUUUUUUGCGCCGUGAAAAACGCGUCCUUUUCCCCCUUUCCUGUCAAUCAUUGCCCCGCUCCUCCUCCCAACCUCCUCCAACCCAACUGCUACACACUUCUGCCGGCGUCUCCACACACACGCGCACACACCGAACGACAAACACCCACACACACAGCCCAGACAGGGCGACUACAGCCCGGGGAUGAAGUCCAACCGGGACCAGAGGACCGUAGCUCCCCGCAAGCCAUACGCUCACAGCGGCGUCGGAGAGUUAAGCCGGGAGCGACAGGCGAAGCAUGCACAGAAAAGCAGCACGGCGAAGCAGUCCACCGCAAACAAUCAUAAAAAUAAAGGCAUGCAAGCAGCAGUGUCCCCUUAUCUUAAGUCCAGUCAGUGGCCGCGGGUCUUUUUAGCAGUUGUCCUCCGGUGAUUAGAACAAAAGAGGCUCUAAACAGCUCCGUGUUAAGCCUGAUUUAUGGUUCCGCGUUAAAUCGACGCAGGGCCUACGCCGUAGGGUUCAGCGUACGGUGCGCGUCGCCGCGUAACCCUACGCCGUAGGCUCUGCGUCGGUGUAACGCGGAACCAUAAAUCAGCCUUUAUGGUGCGCUGGAGAGGAGAGGAGACAGGGAGCUGGGUGGAGGGGGCGGUGGCGGCCCGCCACCAAACCAGAUGCGCCGUUUUUGCAUAGUUAUGCGGAAAAUCCCAGAAAGCACACAAUACACUGAAUGUUAAAAGUUUGUUGUUUUUUGGGUGUAAUUGAUGUCAAGACACCCAACAAAACACAAAAAAUCAAGAAAAAUUUGUUUUUCAUGUCACAAUACCUUUAAGUUCCCACAGCUAAAUGAUAAAUGAGUAUUUAUGGUAAAAUUAUCAAACCUGCAACAUCUUGGUCAAUAGAUAUCCGACAAAUAUCUUUUUUGUAAACUAAAAAGAUGCUUCUUAUUUUUUUUCCAAGUUCUCAUAUGUCCUGCACGUUUUAAGAGCCCUACAGUAGCAGACCAUCUGCAUGAAUCAUCCUUAAUAGCGAGAGCUCUUUUAUGACUUACGUUUCGCAAACAUAAAGUGAAAACAUCCGAACUCCAACCCCCCCCCGCUACCGUUUCCACCCAUGUAGCUGAAGUUGAUCUGUGCGUUAGUCACUUGUUAAACCCAUGUCUUACUGUCGUGAUACUCUGCUGUCCAGUCCUGAAGUAGUGCAGCCGGUUGCACAGUGUUAACAUAAUAAUGAAUGUACUUUAGAUUUCUAACUGAGACUCUACUGACCUGAAUGUGCGGGGGUCUGGUGUGAUGAUGACACCUAAAGGGAAGGUUUACAACCCAGGAACUAAGUCUUCCUGCAGAAGCAGCAUUAACGCCAGAAAGGUUGGUCCUGCUCAUUUGAUCACUAACGUUCUGUGUUUAUUUUAUAAACGUGUAUUUGUAGAGUGAGGCGCCCGUUAGAUGUAAAUGUUUUGUAAAUAAAAAAAAGUGAGAAAAAAAGGAGGAACUGAUUUGUCUGAUGUGCGGUAAGCUUGAUCAAACUGGUGUUUCUGUGCUUUUCUUUACAUCCUCAUUAAAGGAGAUAUUUCUAAAUGUCA